GCGCAAGCGCCUGUUGUAUGGUGGGAAGCCAGCCAGAAGGGGCCUGGGGGAGGAGGCCGUGGCCUGGAUAAGAUCCCACUGCGCAUCCUCCUUGGCUCCCCCACCCUUAGACUGCAGUCCCAGCCCCAGAUUCUGCGCCAGCGGUGAGAACCUACCGCCCUUCUCUGCGGAUUUCCAGGUCUUCAUUUGCCCACUGCCCCACCUCUUCUUCCUCUGCAUUCUUCUUCUCUCUUCCUCCCAGUCCUGCUCCACCCGCUCCUCUGCAUUUUCCUUUUCUGUUUUCUCCUCUUCCGUCCUGUCUUUGUUCUUUUUCAUCCUCUUCUUUUCCCUUUCUUCUCCCUUCCUUCUUGUCUUUUUCUCUUGCCGCUCAGAAUUCUCACAUCCUUCUUUUUUUCCUUUAUCUCUUACCGUUCCCUCCUUCUUUUCCCCUUCUUUCUUUCCUCUUCAUCUCCUACCCGCCACCUCCUCUCUCCUCCGUGGCUCCUGUGCCCAGGCCUGACCAUGGGGAAAAACAAGUUAGUCUUCGCCCAGGGUUCCUGCUACUUCCUUGCCUUCCUGUUUAGCUUCAUCGUGGUGGUGCCACUGACUGAGAACUGCCACGACUUCCACGGCCGCUGCUUGCUCUUCACUGAGGGCAUGUGGCUGAACACCAAUCUGACCGUGCAGGAACAUCAGCGCUUCACGGUGCAGGAGUGGGGCUCGCCCGCUGCCUGCCACUACUCUCUGCUCGCUGCCCUGCUCUCCCUGUCUGUGGCCAUUGGGUUAGCCUGGCGGUCGCUCUAUCUCCUGUGCAAGGGAUUCGACGAGACUUGCCUGGAAUCAUUUGCAGCUCUGAUGCUCAACAUCUUCAUCCUCUUCGUGGUCUUCAUUGCCUGUACCAUCAUCAGCGUGGGAUUUGACAUGUGGUGUGAUGCCAUCACAGAGAAAGGCAGGGUGUCCAACACCUGUGAAGAGUUUCAGAACAUGGACCUGGACUUGAACCCUGAACACUCAGCCUUUUAUGACCAGUUUUCUCUUGCCCAGUUUGGUCUCUGGGCUGCCUGGCUGGCCUGGCUGGGCAUCACCAUCCUGGCCUUCCUGAAGGUUUACCACAACUACCGGCAGGAGGACCUGCUGGAGAGCCUCAUCCACGAGAAGGAGCUGCUGCUGGGCCGAGCCUCGUCAAGGACCUUUUUUCAAGAUGACAAGAGCGGCAUGAUUUAAUUCCAGGGCCACCCUCCUUCCCUCCCUCUCCCUGCACUAUCCCCCCCUUGUUCCCAUUUGUUCCCCAGGGGCCCUGGCCUUUUCCUGCUAAUGCUUGCUGAAGCAAAGUCAUUGCUAGUUUGGACUGAAAUUAUGUCUGGCUUUAAGUCACCUAGUCCUGUGCCCACCUGAAAGGUCUGUGAGGCUGUCCUGGGUAGCCUUGAGAGACUCUUCUGUGUCCUUCUCAUUCCCACUCCCAAUCCCUUUCCCUUCUCAGCCACACUGUCAUCUUCUCUGGGCCUGGCAAUGCCAGUUUGGCCUAUCUUGGUGCCAGUGUUUUAGCUACAGGGAGAACUCAGAAAUUCAAGUGGCACUGGUGGUUAAAUUUUGCUCACUUAACUGCAUAAAUGUUGAACUUUGAGUGGCCUCUCAAGAAAGGGUUGGUGAAGUAAAUUGAUGAGCAAGAUUGUUAGAGGCAUGUUUAAACUACUUUCAUGAGCAAACAAUUUUAAAAGUACUGAGGCAAAUCAGUUUCAUUUCACAUAUUCCCUUUCAUGUCGGCAGGACCAACGCAGUUGAUGUUGCUAAGGAAAUUUUUGCUUGGAAAACUUUUUGAUAGUAAAUUUGUAAAUACUUUUUGUGCUUGAGAAUAAUCAUUGCCUCUUAAAAUUACUUUAAAUUUGACCUUCAAUCCCAUAGAUAUUUAAUAAGCACCUACGACGUGUAAGAAAGGCAGCAUGGCAUAGUACUGAAUCAGAAACCCAAAGAUUAAAUCAUGCCUCUGACAAUAAUUAGUUGUGUGACCCAGGGCAAGACAUUUAGUGUCUCUGAAUCCUAGGCAACAGGUUACAAGUUAUCUACCAAGUUAUGGAUGUGCUCUGUGGUGGUGGUGAUGGUGGUGGUGGUGGUGGGAGGGGUGAGUUCCCACCCCCAAAAGCACAGAUCUUUGAGGAAUAUGUAAGGUGUGUUCUAGCUGAUGGGGAUACAAAGAUGGGGCACAGAACCUGUCUUCAAGUAGUUACUAAUUUUUUUCACCAGUUCAUUCA